AUGGUUUCAUCACAGACCGAAGUGCCUCCUCCACUACAGGACGUCCCCACGGCCAAGGAGAAGAAGUAUGACCGCCAGCUUCGUCUUUGGGGAGCCGGCGGACAGCUCGCCCUGGAAGAGACGCAUAUCCUCCUCAUCAACAACGGCCCUGGCGUAACCGGCGUAGAGACGCUCAAGAACCUCGUUCUGCCUGGUAUCGGCCAGUUCAGCAUUCUCGAUUCGGCGGUUGUCAACGACGCGGAUCUGGGCGUCAACUUCUUUUUGGAUGAUGAUUCUUUGGGCAAGUUUCGUGCGGAAGAGACGGUGAAGUUGUUGCAGGAGUUGAAUCCGGAUGUCAAGGGGACUGCUAUCACGGAGCCUCUGGAGACUUGGGCAGUCAAGGACAAGGUCUUUACGCCGUAUACACUCGUCCUCGUCGCUGCACCUAUCGACCCGGCCAUCUUCGCGACCAUCGACAAGCACGUCCAAGCACUCGAGAUCCCCACGUUCUACCUGCACUCAGUCGGCUACUACUCGCAGUUCUCGCUCUUCCUCCCACCAGCCUUCCCGAUCGUCGAUACCCACCCAGAUCCCACUUCAACAGACGACCUCCGUCUCUUGAAACCAUGGCCAGCACUUACAGAGUUCGCAAAGCAAAAGGCGGCGAAUAUGGAUAAGAUGAAUGGCGAGCAGUUUGCGCACAUCCCGUGGAUUGCUUUGAUACUACACUACCUCUCACAGUGGCAGGCGAGUCACGAGGGCAAGCUGCCUUUGGCGUACAAGGAGAAGACACAGUUUCGAGACCUCGUGCGGUCAGGCAGCUCGACCGAAGAGAACUUCGACGAGGCAUGCGCUGCUGUACUGAAGACUUUAGUCCCGGCUAAGCCAGCCUCCAAGGUUACGGAGAUAUUGAGUGCUCCUGAGGCGAAGAACUUGACGGCUACUUCGCCGCCAUUCUGGAUCAUCGCGAAUGCUAUUCAUCAAUUCUACGAGAAGCAUGGCGAACUUCCUUUGCCUGGUGCGGUACCGGACAUGAAAGCUCAGUCGGACACGUUCAUCCAGCUUCAAAACAUCUACAAGGCCAAAGCUCGCGAAGACUGUGCAGAGGUUGUUGCGAGUGUGCGAUUGCUUGAGAAAGAACUCGGCCGAUCAGGCAAGCUUGUGAUUGAUGAGAAGGAGAUCGAGAACUUCUGCAAGGGCGCAGCUCACAUCCAUCUCGUCCGUGGCAGACCUCUCAAAGUCGUAACGCCAGACACUGUGACCACUUUCGGCGAUCGAGCGAAGCAUCUCGCGAACGAGCUGACCAACACAGAGAGCUUGUCUCUGCUUUACAUUGCCUUUGUCGCCUGGGACGAGUAUGUUGCAACGCACGCAUCAUCUGCAAAGGAAGCCGGUGGUGAAGGCCUAAAGGUCCCAGGUGCUGGAGACGACUACGAAGCCGAUGCCGAGAAGUUGACAGGCAUAUCGCACAAGAUCAUCGAUUCGGUCAUCAAGGAGGCUGGCUCGUUCGUCGAAGACCCUGAAUACACCCAGAUCAAAGAGAAGGUGGGCAAGCUCUGCGUUGAGCUGACACGAGCUGGAGGCGCUGAGCUGCACAACAUCGCUUCGUUGACCGGGGGAUUGAUUGCACAAGAGGUCAUCAAAGUCAUCACGAAGCAGUAUGUGCCCAUUGACAACACUUGUGUGUUUGAUGGCAUCACGAGCAAGUCGUACGUGCUGCGGAUAUAG